GUUUUUAGCCAUUUAAAUUGAAGUGUUUAAAUCGAUUCAACCCGUUGGAGCAAUUUCAUAGUUUUAAAUAGGCGAUGUAAAGUGUAUUAUUGUUUAUUGUAAUACUGCAGCGCUUCAUCUAACAUUUAUGAGCGCUAAUUUCAGGGAUUUAAACCACUGAUCUAUAAUAGAGAUAUAUAGAUCAGUGAUUUAAACGCAUCCACACAUCUGUUACAGGAAAGUGCGCCUCACUUUGCUUCUUUUAUCGUUAAUGAAACACGAAUUGAUGAGCGAGUACUAGUGAUGGAGAAAAUAGAACGAAAAAAGGUUUAAACCAAUCUCUGAAUCAAUUGAAUCAAUUGCUUCUCAAAACGAUUCAGUGAUUCGAAUCACUUGACUCGUCGCGCGCUGACGAUCAAUGUAAACGCAACAAAACAUAAAUAUGAGAAGAUAACUCUUACAAACCAGUAUUUAACAAGUGCACUAACAAAAACAUUAUAAAAUACAUGUUAUCUACAAAUACUGAACUAGGGAGCUGAUUGAAUCAUUUAGUUUUCAUGUAUUUUUUUUUCUUUCUGUUAUUUAUUCUCACAUUUACAUUUAUUCAUUUAGCUGAUGCUUUAUUCUCAUCUUAAAUGUCACAGAAAACUGAAGUAACUGAGAUUCAAGUGACACACAAUUAUAAAGAUGGCAUUUAUUAAAGAGGAGACUGAAGACAUGGAGAUUGAAGACGUGAAGACUGAAGAAGUAUUCAGUCUGAAACAAGAAGAUACUGAGGAACAAACAGGACUAAUGACACUGAAAGAGGAGAGUCAAGAGCUCAAUGAUAUGGAAGAAAAAUAUCAAUAUGAGAAACCUCAUCAGUUCAUGACUGGACAAAAAUAUAUUAGAGAUUUAAAGAUUGGGAAGACGUCCUCACAAAUCAAACAAACUAGAAUCAUUAAACCUUUCACCUGCCAAAUGUGUGGAGGAAGUUUCACACAAAAAAGUAGCCUUAAUAGACACAUGAAAAUUCACACCGGAAUGAAGCCUUUCGCCUGCCAACAGUGUGGAAAGAGAUUCUCUGACAGAACACAUCUUAACAUCCACGUGAGUCUUCACACUGGAGAGAGACCUUUCACCUGCUCUCAGUGUGGAAAGGGUUUUACACAGAAAAGAAAUCUUAAUGCCCACAUGAGUCUUCACACUAGACGAUGCCUGUACAUCUGCAACCAGUGUGGGAAGAGUUUCUCACAAAAAGGAAAUCUUAAGACUCACAUGAGAACUCACAGUAAAGAAAAUCCAUUCACAUGCGAUCAGUGUGGAAAGAGUUUCACACACAAAAAAACCCUUACUGUACACAUGCAAUAUCAUACGAGAUUUACGAAAAACCUUAACCAUUACACUUCGAUUCACACAAGAGAGGGGGCUUUAAUAUGUCAUCAGUGUGAAAGGAGCUUCGAAGACAGGAUAAGUCUGAAGAAUCAUGUAAAAACUCACGCUGGAGAGAAGCCUUUCAUGUGCGAUCACUGUGGAAAGACUUGGACAAACAAAGCAAACCUUGAGAAUCACGUAAUCGUUCACACUGAAGAGCAGCCAUUUAUCUGCCCUCAAUGUGGAAAGAGUUUUCCGUACAAAGGAAACCUUAAGAUUCACAUAAGAGCUCACACUGGAGAGAGGCCUUACAAGUGUCUUCAGUGUGAGAAGACUUUCAUGUAUCAUUCAAGCUUGAAACAUCAUUUAAAGACUUCUGCCUGUUUCACACCACAAGCUUGAGCUUCACGUCAGCAUUGCUGCAGCAGCUGCAAAGCUACAAAUUUCUUUAAAAAGACAACUAUAAAUUAGUUUUUCAAAGUUGAAUUACAAAACUGAGCCAUAUGCAUUACUUCUGAAGGACAUCAGUUCAAUUGUGAUCAGUGAAAUAAAUAUAUAUUUUGCCAUCACACUUAACAAAUACAUAUGAUAGGACUUAUAAAUGUGGGACCCUGUUUGUGUUUUUUUGUAAAAUAGUAAAGCAAAAGAAAAUGUAUACGUGUGUAAAAGUAAUGCUCUGUUCACACGUCAGCUGGAUGUUAGCUACAUCUGAUUGUUUACUAUCACAACCACUUGUUUUAUUUGCAUCAUUCACUUCUCUAUGCUUCAGCUAAUUUUUGUUACAAAAAAAAACGUAUAAUGAACUCCGCACCGUUAUUAAAUUUCAAUGAUUAAGUAAA